ACCCCACGUCAUCGCCUCUCCGAUUCGCCGACUCGUCUCAUGAACUGAUCUCUCCAUCGCCAUGGAAGAGAUCUCCAAUCUCUUAGACCUCUUCAAGGAUCGCAGUCCCCCUCGCGAUUUCGCUCACCGCUUCCGCUCCGCUCCGAUCAAGUCCGGUCUCUUUCGAUUCCUUGCGAUCCUCGAUUCCGAAGCCCGGCUAGGGUUGGAAUCGUGUAGCGCGUCUCAGAUCGAUGCAGUCAUCUUCGCCGCCAAAUUGCUCGUCGGCUCUUCUCUCUCGAUUUCAGCGGAGAGCGGAGAGUCGUUGGUUUUGGUGAUCCUUGAGAAGUCGGUGGAGUUUUGCCUCUCUAUUCUAGAGAAGAUGAAGUUCGAUGACGCCGAUUUCAGAUUGCAGCAGAGCACCAAAGUCCUGAAUCUGACUGUUCUUCAGAGGAUCGAUCCCCAUGUGGAGGAGAUCCUGAUCACGGCUGCUCACGUUACUUUCUACGAAUUCAACAUUGAGCUCAAUCAGUGGAGUCGUAAGGAUGUUGAGGGAUCUUUGUUUGUUGUUAAAAGAAACACGCAGCCGAGAUUCCAGUUCAUUGUUAUGAACAGAAGGAACGCAGAAAAUUUGGUGGAGGAUAUCUUGGGAGAUUUUGAGUAUGAAAUCCAACCUCCAUACUUGUUGUACCGGAAUGCAGCUCAAGAAGUUAAUGGUAUAUGGUUUUACAACCAACAAGAAUGUGAAGCUGUUGCAGCUCUUUUCCAGAGGAUACUAAGUGCAUUCUCUAAGGUUCCUCCAAAGUCUAGCUUAUCUGCUGCUAAAAGGUGUGCCAUGGGAAAUUGCUAUAGUUUGUUGAAAGAUCAUGAAACUACAAUGAAAAAUUUUCUGCAUGCAGUGCAACUAGACUCGAGAUUUGCUUAUGCUCAUACACUAUGCGGCCAUGAGUUCAGGUCAUGUGUGCAGUACCUAUUUUGGAACAAAGCCACCCUCCCUUGAUAUAGUGAGGAUAUUCAAUUUCAGUAAUGAAGUAUACCGCAGCAUUUGGAGCAGGUAAAAGAGUUCACUACAUGUGAGAGCAGCAUCUAUGCGUUGAUGGGGAAGAUUCACAAGAGGCUUAAUAUGCAUGCUAAGGCCAUGUUCUACUUUGGUAUUGCAUUGGACCUGAAUCCUCCAGCAGCUGAUGUUUUGCUGCUAUCAAG